AAGUUGGCAUCCCCACGGUUACUAUUAGUAAAAUAUAAACAAAACGAAGGGUUUGACAAUGUUUGCCGGUCGGCUGCUCGCCCGUCUGGGCCGCAGGCCCAGAUGUUUGCCCACCAUUGGAGGCUGUCCAGUGUCCCAGGAAACCGUCAGCCAGGGGGUUUCUUCCGGGACACCCACUGCAGGCGCAUCGGCGAUUCAGUUGGCGGCACCCAGCGCAAGCCGGCGCCUCUUCAGCAGCCAAAUUGAGGCGGAGUCCACCCUGGACAGUGCCACCUAUGAGCGCGUGUGCUCGGACACCCUGGACGGACUGUGCGACUACUUCGAGGAGCUGACCGAGAACGCCUCCGAGCUCCAGGGCACCGAUGUGGCCUACGGCGAUGGCGUGCUUACCGUGAACCUGGGAAAGAAGCACGGCACCUACGUGAUCAACCGACAGACGCCCAACAAGCAGAUCUGGCUAAGCUCGCCCACCAGCGGUCCCAAGCGAUUCGACUUCGUUGGCACCGAGGCGGCGGGCAGGUGGAUCUACAAGCACAGUGGCCAGUCGCUGCACGAACUGCUGCAGGAGGAGAUACCCAGCAUACUGAGCUCCCAGUCAGUGAACUUUCUGCACUUGCCCUACUGUAGUUGAACCCCCGUACCACCAUAAAGUCUGCUAAAGCGUGCGACCUGAUUAUGUUUAUUGAUCUGCUAGCAGUUAGGUAUGUCCUUCUCGAAAACCAUGAAACAACCAGACCAAAAUACGCCCAUUUCCUCCAUUAAAAGUCUCAGAGCUUUGCUUUCGAUUUAUUAUAUUUAUUAGGGGUGCGGUUAUCAGAUCUUAUGGGUUUCGCCUGCUCAUGAUGAGUAAUAAGGAGAGCAGGUGCAUAGUGUUGUGAUAGUUUCAAUAAAAGUGAGUAGUUUAUCAGAUUUAACACACUUAUAAAGACUCAAA